UGAUACAGUAACACAUCACCGCAUAAAGCCAACACCUCUAGUAGAAAGUCGUCGUCUUUAUUCGUUUCUACACAAAUAAAGAUGAGGUUUUCUAAGUUUUUGUUUUCAUUGCUGCUCGGAAUAAUUGUAGCAUGCGUUUCAGGUACUUGGGAUUCGAACGCAGUAGUUUACAUGUCUUCAUCAAACAAAAAAGACGUUACACAUGUUCCUUCACUGAAUCCUUCUGAAGCGCGACUCAUCUUUGCUCACAUGUUGGGCAUUUCUCAGUUUCAUAAUCUAAAGGGAAAUCCUAAGGCUGAUCAGCUUCUUCAGGAACUAUUACAACAAGAAAACUCUCUUUCUUCUUUUUUUGACUUCAAAUUCAAAACGUUUCUUACAGUUUCCGGCUUGUACUUGGACGAACCUGUAAAGGAGAUGCACCCAACAUUUAUUAUAAAAGACACUCCGUCCACUAACUCUUUUGGAGCUUUAACUCGAAGAUUUCAAAGACAAUUGAGUGCCGCAGAUGGGAAGGAAGAUAGAACAUUCUACAUGAACGAUUUAGGCGGUUCCCUAUCCGUUCAUGCCCUUUUUCAACUGCAUGCUACCAAGGAGGAUGAUUUGGGUUAUCUACGUCUUUAUGAAAAACUCUUUGGAAAAGUUUCCGCCUCAUUCUUCGAUAUUAGCGAAAAGCAGGACCGAAUCUUCUUGUCGGAAAUUGCUGCUCUGCAUGAGUACAUCGAGUAUCUAAAGAUGAAAUCAGUGAGUGGAAACGUUGCAGAUCCCUCUAUAGGUCUCGGUCAAAUUGUUUCUUUAGAGAUAAUAUAUCAUGCUGAUGGAGGAACUUCUGAAAAGUACAGGAUUGCACAAGAAAAUAUAAUUUCGCUUUUAUUGCAACUGAAACAGCUCUCAUCUUUUAGUUAUGUUUUUCUCCCCCCUUCUGAGUUUAAGGACCGAAAUACUAGAUAUCAAAAGCGUCAACUUGAUUUGGAAGCAUUUGGUGAAGAGGUCGACCAAGUAGUGGCCAGCAAUGACCGAAAUGCCGAUGGACGCUGUUUCAUCACAGAAGCGGCCUGCAGAAAGGCAACGAACUCUUGCUCUGGUAGAGGUGAAUGCGUGAAAUAUGCGAAUAAAGAGUCUUGUUUUGUUUGUCAGUGUGCCUCGACGAUCGUUCCUGCUGGUAAUGGUGGAAACAGAACGAUCCAAUGGGCUGGAGAAAGCUGUGCAAAGCACGACAUAUCAAUAGAAUUUCAAUUUUUCUUUUGGUUUGCUAUUGUUGGCUUUGGCUUACUCAUAUUCUGCAUUAAGUUGCUCUUUAGUGUUGGACAAGAGGAACUCGCAAAUGUUCUUACAUCUACGACGCCUAUAACGAAGAAGAAUGUCUAAUUAAUUUUCGAAAACAAAAAUCUAUGCAUAAAUGAAUCCAUAGAAGCUUUGAAAUGAUUUUUUUUAAUUUUGCAUAUUUGCAAUAGAAAUUACAUUUCACCACACUCCAUAAUAACCACAUUCAGCUUUGGG